ACUUCGCUCAAAUAAAAACAAAGUGGCUAAAAAUAAAAUAUACUACAUAACAAUUCUUACUUCCUAAGCUUAAUGAAUAUGCCGGGUUCACAACAAGUCAUCAAACACAUAUCUGUUGACAACAUAAUCAAACAUUAGAAAUUCCGCCAUUUCAAAGAUUGUUCCCGCUCUUUUAUUUUUUCGGCAUUGAGAUCGUGAACAGUGGGCGCGUUAGUUCGGGGAAUCGAUCUUUCUGUACAGCUGCAUUCAACUACAUCUUGGCAAUUUCACAACUAGCAACGCAAAAUUCACUCAUCUUUUUAAGAUUUAUAUAUAGAUUUUCAUAAAGAAUACACUCAUUUUUAACGCACAGAUAAAAGUUUGGCAGCAAUUAUGUCCACAGCAAAAGGAAGCGCAUCCAAUGGCCGAAAGUUCGCCGAGGGCACACAGCCCUUCACAGUGCUAAUUGAGGGAAAUAUUGGCAGCGGAAAGACAACAUUUUUGAACCACUUCCAGAAAUAUGAUAAGGAUGUCUGCCUGAUCACAGAGCCUGUUGAGAAAUGGCGUAAUGUAAACGGCGUUAAUUUGCUCGAAAAAAUGUACAAAGAGCCAAAAAAAUGGGCCAUGCCCUUCCAGUCAUACGUCACACUAACGAUGCUUCAAGCCCACACGGCAGCCACGGACAAAAAAUUGAAAAUAAUCGAACGCUCCAUUUACAGUUCACGGUAUUGUUUUGUAGAAAAUAUGUAUCGCAAUGGAUCCUUGGAGCUGGGCAUGUACAAUACCCUACAAGAAUGGUAUAAAUUCAUUGCCGAAUCGAUACACGUGCAAGCUGAUCUGAUUAUCUAUUUACGCACAUCGCCUGAAGUUGCACACGAACGUAUUCGUCAGCGUGCACGCUCCGAGGAGAGCUGCGUGCCCUUAAAGUACUUACAAGAAUUGCAUGAACUACAUGAGGAUUGGCUGAUCCACCAACGCCGUCCACAACAGUGCAAGGUUCUGGUGUUGAAUGCCGAUCUUAACUUGGAAAACAUUGGCAGCGAAUACCAGCGUUCCGAGACGAGCAUUUUUGACGCAAUCUCAGGCGCGCAACAAAACCAGCCUGCAGCUGUGCUCGUGUCGCCAAGCAAACGCCAAAGAUUAUCCAGCUAGCCGGAGGGCAUCACACAUGUCAGCUACUGACUUAAUAUUUUAGAACUAGUUAGCAAUCGGAGUCGCAGCUAAAAUUCGAAGAUUCUUUUAACGAAAAACGCAACUUUCCUAUUUCACAAUUAUUUUUAAUUCAAAUGUUCGUUUCAAAUUGUGUACAUGCAGUAGAUAGUUUAAUUUAAAAGUUAAUGUAUGACGCCUG